AUGUCGGCCAUGACAGGUACAAGAUCACCUACGUCCCCUUGGCCCCCGGAGUGUCAAAACCUGCAGCUCGAGGGUUCCUCUACUCCAUCGGCCCUUUUCACAUUGCGUGAAUCUCAAAUGUCCCCGCUAGGACAUGGUAUCAACCCUCACAACUCGGUAUCAGAACGCUCGGGUCCCAAUUACUUCUCUAUUAGCGUGGAAAGCCCUGGUAAUCCAAGGAGAAGCCGGGAUGCGAUAUCAUACACUCAGCCCCCGGUUUCUAGUCCCAAAGCACAGCUCUUAUCCAAAAACAAAGCUUUUGAGGAUUAUGUGGGCCUGCCGAAGACCGGGGUAGUGGCCGAUGACGAACACAGAGAAUCACCGGUAUUUCGGCUUUCCUGGAAUCCUAGCCUACAGAGACGGAGUCCGAUACCUUCCCGACAGGAUGCAUCUCCUUUGAGGCAGACGUCUACUCACGGGCAUGGCGUUUCGGUUGAGCGCUGCGCAGAGCUUCUCCGGUCCUCUCAUAGGGAUAUCAUGCUGCUGGAUGUAAGGCCUUACGCGCAUUUCGCGAAGGGGUCUAUUAGAGGAUCAUUGAACCUUUGUAUUCCGACAACCCUUCUCAAGCGACCAUCCUUCGACACGCAAAAAUUAACAAAUACGUUCACGAAUGAAGCUGACAAAGAGAGCUUUGCGGGGUGGAGGAGAUGUCGUUACAUAAUAGUCUAUGAUGCUGCCACAUCUGACAUGAAAGACGCCGGUUCGCUGAUGAAUGUUCUUAAAAAGUUUACUGCAGAAGGGUGGAGCGGUGAGGGAUUAAUACUUCUUGGGGGCUUCAAAGCUUUUUCAUCUCGCUUUCCCACUCUCAUUCAAGGACAGCAAGUUCCAGUAUCCGACUCACCCGCGGGAAGACCAUCUCGAAUGCAUAUUGAUCUUCCAAGUGUCGCACCUGUUGCAGGCGGCUGUGCUCUCCCCGAGUCCUCCCAUGCCGCGAUCCCUUUCUUCGGGAACAUACGACAACACAUGGAUCUCAUCGGCGGUGUCGGUCAGAUCCCACUUCAAGUACCCCACAGUUUUUCAGAAUCCAAGAAACGCUUACUCCCUCCUUGGCUGCGCGAAGUGUCAGAGUCCUCAGAUAAAGGCCGCAAAGUUUCAGAAAAGUUUCUGGGUCUGGAGAAAAAGGAGCUGGAACGUAUGAAGAAGGCAUUGUCUUACGAAAAGUCUACCGAUGCCGCUACAAUGAACGACUCUUCGGAAAACUUUCGCGUGGCGGGAAUUGAAAAAGGCACAAAGAAUAGAUACAACGACAUUUACCCAUUCGAUCAUUCCAGGGUGAGGUUGCAAAAUGUGUCGCCCGGAGGCUGCGACUAUGUGAACGCAAAUCACAUGAAGGCAGCUUAUAGUGGUAAACAUUACAUAGCUACCCAAGCACCCGUACCUGAUACGUUCAAUGACUUUUGGCGCGUUGUUUGGGAACAGGAUGUCCGCCUGGUGGUUUCUUUGACUGCCGAAGUUGAACGGGGACAUGUCAAAUGCCACCCUUACUGGGAAUCUGGCAAUUAUGGGCCUUGUCAGGUCAACAACUUUUCUCAGAAAUUCAUCUAUUUGGAUGCGCAAGAUCCGCAGCCAACUGAUAUGGAGCUUGACAAGCCGGAAGAUUCUGGCAGUCCCUAUAUCAUUGUCAGGCAUUUCGGCUUGUCGCACUCAUCAUUUCCAUUCCAACCCUUGCGCGAAGUAACGCAGCUACAAUAUCCCCAUUGGCCUGAUUUUGGGACCACAUCUCAACCAGCACACCUUCUUAAACUUAUCGAGCAGUGUGAUAAAGUUACAGCAGCAACAACUGGAUCACAUCCUGGUUCUUGCGAUGGACGCGCAAACUCAAGGCCGGUAUUGGUGCAUUGCAGCGCAGGAUGUGGCCGUACUGGGACAUUCUGCACAGUGGAUAGCGUGCUGGACAUGUUGAAGCGACAACGCAGUGCAGCGCAUGCCUCGGGUGGAAAUAUGAACCAAUGGUCCCAUACCGACAAUGUGGAUCUCAUCGAAAGAACGGUAGACGACUUUCGAACGCAGAGGCCAAGCAUGGUGCAAAAUUUGAGCCAGUUUGUUCUGUGUUAUGAGAGCGUCUUAGAAUGGACACUUGCGCAGAUGGGGAAAGAGCAAGAUAUAGGAGGUUGCUGA